CUCGUCCUUGAUUUCAUCGACAGCGUUUCUGUGUUUUUUUUUUUUUUCCAGCGUGUCGGCGUCGGAAGCUGAAACCAGCGUUCUAAUGGAGUCGCUCUCCUCCGCCGCCGCCUCGCGGCGGUUCCCUCGCUUCUCCGGCGCCGGGAUCGAUCCCCGCCGCGGGAAUCCGAUCGGCCAGGUUAGGGUUUGCGGCGGCACGGGUCGCGAGGGGUGCGCCGGAUCGAGGGCGCCUCGCGGCGAUUUGAGGUCCGAGUUUGGGGACGAUGGACACGUGCGGUAUUACGGCGGGGAGCCGAGGAUUGGUUGGAACGGGGAGGGGAGGAAGGAAGGCGGGAAGGCGGAGAUCAAGAAGAGGCUGAGGAUGUCGAGGGGAUUGAGGAAGGAGGAGGAUUUUUCCGAGUUUUGUCGGAUGGAGCGUCGCGGCGGCGGCGGCGGCGGCGAGGUUGUCGAAGGUCGGGAGAAGCCGAUCUCGGAAGCAGCGGAGGUUUUGCUGAAACAACUUGAAGAGCUGAAGUCAGAGGAGAAGGAGCUGAAGAGAAAGAUAAAAGAACAGAAGGCCAAGCUUAAGGCGGAGCGAAAGAAAGUUAUGAUGGAUUCGGAGUCGUCGUCCUGCUCCUCCUCCUCGGAAUCCAGUGACAGUGAGUGCGGGGAGGUGAUUGACAUGGGCCGCCUGAGGACAGAAGUUCUUGCGAAAGAAGAGGAUAACAAUGCCGGAACUCUCAAGUUGCCAAAUGGGGUUCUGUACCGCAAGGCAACAACUAGCAGUCCUAGCAAUGUUGCAGCCAGUGGUGUGGUGGUGACGAAAAGGAUUGAAGUGUGCAUGGGUAAGAAGUGCGGGAACUCAGGAGGACCGGCGUUGUUGGAGGCAUUCAAGAAUGCGGUUGGUGUCGUUGAAGGUGCUGUUGUUGAAUGCAAGUGCCUGGGCAAGUGCAGGGACGGCCCUAAUGUGAGGGUCUCGAAUAGCUUGGGUGAGAAUCCAGCUCCUGAAGCAGAUGAUUCCGUCAGGAUUCCGGUGAAUCCUUUACUUAUCGGGGUCAGCUUGGAAGAUGUUGAUGCUAUAGUGGCUAAAUAUUUAGGGAAGGAUGGAGAUCUGGGGUUGAACGCGGCAUAGUCGCUGUGCUGGAUGAUCUGCUAUAUAUGCACUGGCAUCCCAGGUACAAUUCAGUAAAUAUGUAUUCCAUCUCAAGCAUAGUCUCUGUUUCUGUUGUUAAGGUCUCUCGCUCUGUUCUUUAGGCAUCCACCGAGUGCUGUAGUCCCUCUAUAAUCUUUUCUUUGGAAGGAUUUGUACCAGUCCUAAUUUCCUUCAUUUGACAUAUAUAAAAUGGUGGACAACAUUCAUAUGGAUUACUGAGGAAAAUAUGAUCACUCUAUCGAGAUCUGUAGUUUCUUUGCCCGGAA